AUGGCUGGUUCAUCAGAAACUCCAUCUGCCGCUGAUAAGACUGCUUCUUUAGGGCUACUGGGCAUCAAGGCUAUCCAGAAUCUCAUCUUGGACAUUGAUCCAUCCAAGUGUGACGCCUUUCUCCAACCAUUGAUCGAAUGCCUUAGAUACUCUCCUUUGGCUACUGCACUAUCAAAGACAGAGAAUUUUCCAUUGGCUCUUCUAUCCAAAGCUUACUCUAGUGAUCGUUAUCAAGAGAGUAGUGCUACUAUUACUUUCGAGCUUGGUAAUCUUCAAACAACAAUCACCAAGUCCAGAUUCAGUCGAUUAAUGGGGUUUCUCUGA